AUGCAAAGUACCGAAGAGAAUCCACCAGACAUCAACUCAAAUCAAUUAUUGUUUGGGUUUCGACCAUGUCAACACAUUUUAAGAACGAAACCUCAAUCUUCUAAUGAUGAGAAUAAGGAGAGAAGUCAGUCACUUUCCCAACUGCAAUCAGACACUCAACUACUGGAAGAUCCCGAAGACCCUUUCAGGAAAAGCUUUAAAUUUACAGACGAAUCAAUUCGCAAGCAAUUUGUCAAGAAAGUUUACAUGAUUUUGACACUUCAGAUUGCAAUCACAGAAGCGGUUGUGUCGUUGUUUGUCUCUCAUAAGCCAACAUAUGAAUGGGUCAGAGAGCGGUCAUAUCUCUUUUGGAUCUCACUACUUAUUUACUUUAUCCUCAUGAUAACUUUACUUUGUUGUCCUACAUAUCGACGCAAAUCGCCAAUUAAUUUCAUUCUUCUGGGUAUCUUUACGAUUGUUCAAUCUUUUCUUAUGGGAGUUGUGUCAGCUGUUUUUGCCCCGGAAUUAAUCUUGUUAUCAGCUGGAAUUACUACAAUUGUUUGUAUUGGCCUAACAUUGUUUGCUUUUCAAUCAAAAUUUGAUUUCACAAUUUUCCGGGUCUUUGACACUCAAAUGAUGAUUGGAACACGACAUAAGCUUUCACUCAGUCCCGAAGAAUAUAUUUUCGCAGCAUUGACGCUUUAUAUUGAUAUCGUUCAAAUUUUUGUGUUUAUUUUGGAAGUUGUUGGAUGUGCACAUAACACAUAAUAAAUGUGAUACAUACAAUAUGGGAAAAUAUAUUUUCUCACAUAAAUAUCAA